AUAAUAAUUGAUAAAAAUUACAAAACGUUCCCAUACAACUAGUGUACAUUUGUAACAUCUAUUGAUAAUUUAAACUACAAUAUUCACAACUCCCAUGACAGUAUAAACAAGAUCAUGUUAGUAUAAGUAACAACACCAUCAUAGAUCAAAAUAGAACGCUUAUAACGAUAUGGCUGCUUUGCAGAUGAAUAUCUCUUGUCUCAUCUUUCUUCAAGUACUACUGCUCUUGCUCUCUUUGUUUGCUCAAACCAAUGCGCAAGGGUUGAAAGUCGGGUUCUAUGACAACACAUGCCCGAAAGCUGAGGGUAUUGUCAAGAAGUCUGUCCUCGAUGCGAUAAAGAAGGAUCGGACAAUUGGAGCUCCUUUGCUCAGAAUGUUCUUCCACGACUGUUUCGUUAGGGGAUGCGAAGGGUCGGUCUUGCUAGAGCUAAAGAACAAAAAAGACGAAAAGAAUGCGCCUCCUAAUCUCAGCCUUCGAGGGUUUGAGAUCAUAGAUAAUGUCAAGGAAGCUGUAGAAAAGGAGUGUCCAGGCGUUGUUUCUUGCUCUGAUGUAUUGGCCCUUGUCGCUAGAGACGCAGUGGUUGCGCUCAAUGGACCGUCAUGGGGAGUUGAAACGGGAAGAAGAGACGGCCGGGUUACAAACAUCAAUGAAGCCAGAGCGAACUUACCAUCACCAUUUGAUAAUAUCACUAGCCUUAUCACCCAAUUUCGUUCCAAAGGCCUCGACAAGAAAGACCUCGUUGUGCUUUCAGGUGGACACACGGUUGGCAACGGACAUUGUCCUCUGAUCACAAACCGACUCUACAAUUUCACCGGAAAAGGAGACAGCGACCCGAACCUAGACACGGAAUACGCAGCCAACCUCAGAGGAAGAUGCAAGCCUACCGAUACCACGACGGCUCUAGAAAUGGAUCCAGGAAGCUUCAAAACAUUCGAUGAAAGCUACUUCAAGCUUGUGUCUCAAAGAAGAGGGUUCUUUCAAUCUGACGCAGCUCUUUUGGACAACCAAGAAACUAAGUCUUACGUUCUCAAGCAAACAAAAAGCUAUGGAUCUACUUUCUUUAAGGACUUUGGUGUCUCUAUGGUGAAGAUGGGUCGGAUUGGGGUUUUGACCGGUCGGGCCGGGGAAGUUCGGAAGAAGUGCAGAAUGGUUAACUAAGUCGAGAUAUUCUCAUGAAAUUGUGAUUAUUUGUAAAAAAUUGUUUGUGUAUUUUCCUGAAGAAUCAUGUAUGAAGUAAACGUAUUGAAAUGGGAAAUAGAAUAAAACUAUAAUAAAUAUUU